AUGGGUGGACAUCGACGCGACCAAAGUGAUUCUCAUGUACCUCUUAAGCAAUCUGCUGAAUUUCAACAAUGUAUUUCAAGUAAUAGCCAAGAUCAGAUUCGGUAUCUCACAGAAACAUCAUUGAAUAUUGUGGAGCCAGUGCCUAAUGGAACAAUCAAUUCCUUAUCCUCAACCGACUUGCCAAUUUAUCGCAAUGAUUCCAUUUUCCACCGACAACGGAGAAUUAUUGAAAAAAGAGCUUAUCGCGGGUGGUGUGGUACCAUGAUGAUUACUGCUAUGCGUAAGCAGCAACAUUCGGCACAAAUCCUCCUGACAUGGCAAAAGGAAGCACUGAAAACGUUUGCUGCAUUUGUUUGUUUGUUGAUAUCGGCAUUCCUUAAUUUUUUCCUGCUCACUGUGAUUCACGAUAUAGUACCGAGGGAACCCUUGCCAGAUCUCGUUUUUAUGCUGAUACCACAGCAGAGGUGGGCUUGGGUUGUCGGAGACACAUUUUCUACUUUAAAUGCUGUACUUGGUUUCACAUGUGUCCUGCUACAUAAGAAGCGGUUAAUAGUAUUUCGUCGUGUGCUGUUACUUGGAGGGAUUAUGUAUGGGUUGCGGGCAGUAGUUCUUGGAUUAACAUUUUUACCGCCAUCAUUUCAAAACCGCGAUGAAAUAUGCUUACCGCAGGUUAAUAGAACUGCUAUGUAUGCUACAGAAAUAACAACAAGAUUCGUAACAUAUGUUGUAACGUUAGGUUUAACUUCGGGUCAAGAUAAAAUUCUCUGUGGUGAUCUCAUGUUUAGCGGUCACACCAUUGUGUUAACGAUUAUGUACUUUACCUUACUUCAGUAUACACCAAGAAGAUUGGUCUAUUUGCGGUAUAUCGCAGCACCGUUAACAUACAUUGGAAUAGCAGCACUUGUCAUUUCGGGUGGUCAUUAUACAAUGGAUGUACUUGUAGCUUACUGGCUUACCAGUCAUAUCUUUUAUGCUUAUCAUCAAGUUUUUGCAAUGCCAAGAAUUGAAAGGACUAAGGCGCCUCUUUCUCAUUUAUGGUGGUUUUGGUUAUGUUAUUGGUUCGAAAGUGAUGUACCUGAUGGUUUAUUACGAAACGAAUGGGAAUGGCCAUUACCGGGCCCGAUCUGCAUGCAUCAUUUUGUCCAACGAAUAAGCGAUAAAUUACAAUAG